AUGCAGCUCUCCAAUGGAACGAUCAUAGAGCAUGAUGAAUCCGACUUCACUAGAAACCUUGCCAUCGAAGUGAGCCACUUCGUCAAGAAAAUCGACGUCCCAGGACCAAGGGGCUUCCAGAACUACCAUGUCCCUCUUUCCAUCAGCCACAUCCUGCAGCGUAACAAGAAGCUGUGUUCAAAUCCUCGUCGUCUCGUUCUCAAGCGAACGCGAGCUGGCAGCAAGCUGGAGAUAUGCAGGCAUGUUCUAAACCCCGACGAUAUCCGCCAGCACGGGAAGGCAAGAUGGUUCAGUAAGUCCAUUCAGGGAGCCAAUCCACAGGUUGAAGCGACUUCAGAGCCGACAGCAGAGGAAGCAGGAGUGGGAGACGACGAAGCAGAAGAUUCACUCUUCGUAGAACAAGCAGAAGACGAUGACGAAGGCUAUGCGGAGGGACCAUCGCAGACACCGACGUCAGAACAUACCUGUCCCAGCGACACACCAAGCGCCCCUCAGGCGAAUGAAGACGGCGCCACGACAUCGGCAUCGCAAGGCUUCGAGUCUCCAGGUCGCUUGCCAUCUCCACCAGCCAGCCUGUUUGGGGAUUGA